GAAGCACGGGAAGAAGAAUCGGGCUCGCACGCUGUCUGACGGUGGUACUAGCUGGCUAUACGUUGCUCGGUUGUAGAUCAUGGCUGCUUCUAAGCCAGUUGAGCCGCAGUCCGGGACUGGGCUGCCCCGCUGGCAGCUGGCACUGCUAGUCGGGACGCCCAUAGUGCUGGGAGUGGGGGCGGUUUACCUGUGGAACCGUAGCAGAACGAAGGAAAGGCAAGGCAAAGGGACCGGAGAGCGGAAAACCCCAGAAGGCAGUGCUAGUCCCGUGCAGGGCCAAGACGGCGCAGCUCGAGCCAACCGCGAGCAAGAGAACAUGAGUCCUUUGGAUCGAGCUCAAGCAGCAAAGAACAAAGGGAACAAGUACUUCAAGGCUGGCAAAUAUGAGAAUGCCAUCCAGUGUUACACAGAGGCCAUUAGUCUCUGUCCUGGAGAGCAAAAAGCUGAUCUGUCAACAUUUUACCAGAACAGAGCAGCAGCAUAUGAACAGCAGAUGAAAUGGACAGAAGUGGUGCAGGACUGCUCUCAGGCUGUGGAGAUGAAUCCACGUUAUGUCAAGGCCCUGUUCAGGAGGGCUAAAGCUCUGGAGAAACUAGACAACAAGAAGGAGUGCCUGGAGGAUGUCACAGCAGUGUGUAUUCUUGAGGCCUUCCAGAACCAACAGAGCAUGCUGCUGGCAGACAAAGUGCUCAAACAGCUGGGAAAAGAGAAGGCCAAAGAAAAAUACAAAAACCGAGAACCCAUGAUGCCAUCGCCUCAGUUCAUUAAAUCCUACUUUAGUUCAUUCACUGACGACAUCAUCUCACAGCCUCUACAAAAGGGCGAGAAAAAAGAUGAGGACAAGGACAAGGAAGGAGAGGCUGCUGAGGUUACAGAGAGCUCGGGCUACCUGAAGGCAAAGCAGUACAUGGAGGAAGAGAACUAUGACAAAAUCAUCAGUGAAUGCACCAAGGAGAUUGAGUCUGGUGGUCGAUACACUGCAGAAGCCCUGCUGCUGCGUGCCACUUUCUAUCUACUCAUUGGUAACGCUACAGCUGCUCAACCUGAUUUGGACCGUGUGAUCAACAUGCAGGAUGCCAAUGUGAAGUUACGAGCCAAUGCUUUGAUCAAACGUGGCAGUAUGUACAUGCAGCAGCAGCAGCCUCUGCUCUCUACACAAGACUUCAACAUGGCAGCAGAAAUCGACACACGCAAUCCAGAUGUGUAUCACCACAGGGGCCAGCUGAAGAUCUUGCUGGACCAGGUUGAUGAGGCAGUGGGAGACUUUGAUGAGUGUAUCCUCCUCAGGCCUGACUCUGCGCUGGCCCAGGCACAGAAGUGCUUUGCUCUUUAUAGACAAGCAUAUACUGGAAAUAACCCAGCACAAGUACAGACAGCCAUGGACGGCUUCGAGGAUGUUAUCAGAAGGUUCCCAAAAUGUGCUGAGGGCUACGCUCUUUAUGCUCAGGCUUUGACCGAUCAGCAGCAGUUUGGAAAAGCAGAUGAGAUGUACGACAAGUGCAUUGAACUGGAACCAGACAAUGCUACUACAUAUGUCCACAAAGGUUUGUUGCAGCUUCAAUGGAAACAAGACCUGGACUUGGGCUUAGACCUCAUCAGUAAAGCGAUUGAAAUUGACAACAAAUGUGACUUUGCUUAUGAAACUAUGGGAACCAUUGAAGUUCAAAGGGGCAAUCUUGACAAGGCAAUAGACAUGUUCAACAAGGCAAUAAACCUAGCCAAAUCAGAGAUGGAGAUGGCCCAUUUGUACUCAUUAUGUGAUGCAGCGUACGCCCAGACUGAGGUGGCAAGGAAGUAUGGGCUGAAACCUCCGACACUGUAACUUCUCUGCCAACUGAAUGCCAGUCUCAAGUCUUCAUUGCUGAACGUAACUGUGUUAAAAAUGCAACUGUCUGACUUGCUUUGAUUUAUAAAAAAAACAUUAAUACUGGAUUAUGAAAGGAAAAAUGGGAGAGAUGAAUAUAUAGUGUUUACAUCAUAAUAAAGUGGUGCGCUGUAGAAAGGCUUUGAUCCAGACCUCUGGUGGAGUGGAUGGGUUGUUAGGAUGGUGAUGGGUGGGUUAUCCGACACAACCCGUUUGCUUACACAUAAUUCAACCACAAAGUCAUCAAUCUCUCAACCCUUUUUUUUAUUGCUCCAAAUAAAGAGAGUGGUUGUGUUCACGAGAGAGAAACUCAUCCGUGAAUGGUCAUGUAUAGACGUCUAAAUUACUAGCAGUUUCCAGCCGUGUAUGAAAAUAAGAGAAUUGAUAAUUGUGCAGUCUAUUGAGCUGAUCGUUGAUGAGUCCUUCUGUGACACAAUCUACAGGAAAUACUGUGAGAGCUUUAUGUAGUUCUAAUGGACUGUUCACUUGUUAAUUUAUGCUGAUCUCAAGUGUUUUGUCCAUCUUCUUCCAUAUUGUAACAUAGUCCGUUCUACAUGCAAGAUUAAAAUACUAGUCCAAUGUGUCUGUGAUUGUAAUGCUGGAAUUGAUCCCAUGCAUAAGAACCGACAGAGAGGUUAGUGUAGGACCCUGAAGUUGUUUUUUUUUUUUAAUUCAGAGAAUGCCUGUUUUCUUUUUAUAUAUAUAUAUACUUUGUGCAGCAUGUUCACUUUAUAAAUAAAUGUAAAUGCGAUGCUCAAUCUGUCUUGGAACACUAGGAAAAAAUGAGACUUGGAGGAGAAAAAAAACACUUGUUUAGAAAAACCUUAAACAUCUUUGUCUUAGUUUUUGAAGAUGCUCUUUUUGAAAUGCCUCUAGUGUCAGAAGAUGUCACAAGGGAUUGGAUAUUUUGUGGUUUAUCCUAGCUCACUUAAGAUGAUAAACAUGGUUUAUUUUCUAUUUUAUUGUAAGAUGUUUAUUUUUUAUGCCACAUUUGGUUUCAUCUUUUGACAGAGAAAUCUUGAGACAACUUUAUUUUUUUUUCUCUAGGGAGCCCUAUGUUAACAUGAUUUUAACAAACUUGAGCCUUAUUUCUGUCCAACAUGCAGCCCAUAAAGUCUCCUGGUACAGUGUGUGAUUUGGUUCUCAAAUACCACCCUGUAAUCGUCCAUGAAAAAUAUGAAUUAGCCAUUACUACAAGGGGUUACAUUUUUAGAAAAUUUAAAUGCUCUUUUUCAUGGUGACAUUAAAUGAUUCAAGAGUAACGGCUUAGUUCUGUUGAAUGUGUGGUCGCACCAAUGAACUAAAUCACACUUUUCAGCAGCUGAGGAAUACUUCUCAGCAAAGCUCAAUCUCAUAUCUUCUAAAUUUUAACUUCAGACUUUACACUGACAUUCUUUAUCAUUGAUAUGUAUGGUGACCAAAGUGAAAGAGAAUAUAAAAUCCUAAUAAAGUUAUAAUUCCUGGA